AUGUCCUACAGUGUGACUCUGACAGGGCCCGGGCCCUGGGGCUUCCGUCUGCAGGGAGGCAAGGACUUCAAUAUGCCCCUCACUAUCUCCCGGAUCACUCCAGGCAGCAAGGCAGCCCAGUCCCAGCUCAGCCAAGGAGACCUUGUGGUGGCCAUUGAUGGGGUCAACACGGACACCAUGACCCACCUAGAGGCCCAGAACAAGAUCAAGUCGGCCAGCUACAACCUGAGCCUUACCCUGCAGAAGUCCAAGCGCCCCAUUGCCAUCUCCACAGCAGCGCCCCCUAUCCAGUCCCCACUGCCGGUGAUCCCCCACCAGAAGGACCCUGCUCUGGACACGAACGGCAGCCUGGUGACUCCCAGCCCCAGCCCUGAGGCGAGGGCCAGCCCAGGCACCCUGGAGUUCGAGGACACCUUUAGCUCCUCCUUCUCCCAGACCUCUAUCUGCACCCCACACAUGGAGGCCCUGGAGCCUGUCCUUCCUCAGGGCAGCCCAGUGGCCAAGGCCAGCCCAGAGGGUGUACAGGGCUCAGUCAGCCCCAAAGUUCUGCCAGGCCCCAGCCAACCGAGACAAUAUAACAACCCCAUUGGCCUGUACUCAGCAGAGACCCUGAGGGAGAUGGCUCAGAUGUAUCAGAUGGGCCUCCGAGGGAAGGCCUCAGGUGCUGGACUCCUAGGAGGCGCCGACUACCAGGAACGCUUCAACCCCAGCGUCCUGAAGGACUCAGCCCUGUCCACCCACAAGCCCAUUGAGGUGAAGGGUUUGGGCGGCAAGGCUACCAUCAUCCACGCACAGUACAACACCCCCAUCAGCAUGUACUCGCAGGAUGCCAUCAUGGAUGCCAUCGCUGGGCAGGCCCAGGCCCAGGGCAGUGACUUCAGUGGGAGCCUCCCUGUGAAAGACUUGGCGGUGGACAGCGCCUCUCCGGUGUACCAGGCCGUGAUCAAAAACCAAAGCAAGCCGGAAGACGAGGCUGAUGAGUGGGCCCGCCGCUCCUCCAACCUGCAGUCCCGCUCCUUCCGCAUCCUGGCCCAGAUGACAGGGACAGAAUAUAUGCAAGACCCUGAUGAAGAAGCUCUGCGAAGAUCAAGGCCACAGGCCUCUGCCUACAGCCCUACAGCAGCUUCUCCAGCACCCUCUGCCCACACCAGCUACAGUGAGGGCCCAGCUGCCCCUGCGCCCAAGCCCCGAGUCGUAACCACUGCCAGCAUCCGGCCUUCUGUUUACCAGCCAGUGCCUGCAUCUACCUACAGCCCGUCCCCAGGAGCCAAUUACAGUCCCACUCCCUAUACCCCCUCCCCUGCUCCUGCUUAUACCCCCUCCCCUGCUCCCACCUAUACCCCCUCCCCUGCUCCCACCUAUACCCCCUCCCCUGCACCAGCUUAUACCCCCUCCCCUGCUCCAAACUAUAACCCUGCACCAUCAGCAGCCUACAGUGGGGGCCCUGCAGAGUCUGCCAGCCGCCCACCCUGGGUGACCGAUGACAACUUCUCUCAGAAGUUUGCUCCUGGAAAGAGCACCACCUCUGUCAGCAAGCAGACCCUGCCCCGGGGGGCUCCAGCCUACAACCCAACAGGUCCACAGGUGACCCCUCUCGCCAGGGGCACCUUCCAGAGAGCCGAGCGCUUCCCAGCCAGCAGCCGGGCUCCCCUCUGUGGGCACUGCAGCAGUGUCAUCAGGGGCCCUUUCCUAGUAGCCAUGGGUCGCUCUUGGCAUCCAGAAGAGUUCAACUGUGCCUACUGCAAGAACUCCCUAGCAGAUGUGUGCUUUGUGGAGGAGCAGAACAACGUUUACUGUGAACGGUGCUACGAGCAGUUUUUUGCCCCACUCUGUGCCAAGUGUAACACCAAGAUCAUGGGGGAAGUGAUGCAUGCUCUGAGACAGACAUGGCAUACCACCUGCUUCGUCUGCGCAGCCUGCAAGAAACCUUUUGGGAACAGCCUCUUCCACAUGGAGGAUGGAGAGCCAUACUGUGAGAAAGACUACAUCAAUCUGUUCAGCACCAAGUGUCACGGAUGUGAUUUUCCUGUGGAAGCCGGUGACAAGUUUAUCGAAGCCCUGGGGCACACCUGGCAUGACACAUGCUUCAUCUGUGCGGUCUGCCAUGUGAAUCUGGAGGGUCAGCCAUUCUACUCCAAGAAAGACAAACCACUGUGCAAGAAGCAUGCACAUGCCAUCAACGUGUAGGGCCCAGAGUGGCUGGUGUGGGCCAGGCCUGGGUUGCUCCUGCUACAAACAAUGAAGGAGUCAGAGAAGCUGAUGUUUCUUCUUGGGGGGGGGGGGGGAGGGGAGAGGAAUGAGUGAGCCUUUUGAAGUCUAAUUUUAGUCUUUUCUUGUACACACAGAUUGUGUAUUUGCGUAGUUCAGACUAGAAGCCAAAAGAAGAUUCUAAACCCAGCUAGUAAUUAAUCCAUGGCUGGAAAUGCACUUCAGACUUUUGGAAAAGGAUUCCAAGAAAUCAAAAAUGAAAAACAAAAACAAUGUUCAAAAAUGAUACACCUCCCUGGCCAUCACUGUCACCAGUGUGUAGGGACAGAGCUCGGGGUAGUUAUGGAGAAUCCAAAGCAUGCAGCUGAGUUCUGGAGAGCUCCUUGGCAAACACAAUGAUGUGCCAAACAGUAUUUGCUGUGGGGUUAUUUUUAGAGCCGGCACUGAGAGCUCCUAAGCUAAGACCCAUUGGGCCUUCCUCACCAAAAAAGGAAGAGCUGUUCCAUCAGCAUCACAGGGCUUCCUCUGCACAUCAGACUUCAGAUGUAGAACAAAUGUGAAACCUGUAAGGGGAGCCCAGACGUCUGAAGCGAUGUCGGGCCACCACUGGGCAAAUGGAGAGGCUCCAGAAAGAUCUUUGGCUCAUGCCAAAGACAACUGAGAAAAGAUGAGUUCUCUCUGCAUCUCCCCCUUGCAGCCUGAAACAUCUAAUGUCCCUGGAAGGCUUUGCUCCUUUUUGAAUUGACAUGGGAAAGUGAAAUUGGGAUUCUCCCGUUUUGCUUUAUAAUGUGUCAGAAGAGGUUUGCAAAGGACUCUGGGUCAGGCUUAACCUUUGUUUUGCUUGAAGAAGGUCCUGUGCAUGUAUUUCACCCCCACCCAUGACUGCUCACGUUGUGGGUGGGGAUGAAAUACAUUUUCCUCAUCUCCACCCUCAAACAGACGAGAUCUUCCUCAUCCCCAGCCUCAGACAGGCUCAGUGGGAAGAAAAGAGAAAUGGCCUCUAAUACAGGCUAGUGGAACAGGCUCUCAGGCCCAACUGUGCAUGGGGAGAGGAACUCGCUCUCUGCCAACCUCAGCACAGGCUGCAGGAUGGCCGCCUUCAGGGCUGCACCUGCUCUUUGCUUGUUCCUUUAAGUGCAGCACACCAAUUAUGUAAUCAUGCUGAAUGUGCAAGGAGGGGAAAGAUACAUUUGCCAUUCGGGCCAAUAGUUAUAGCUGGGUGGGUUUAGAAUAGUUAUUGAAAUAGACCUGGACUUCAGAGUCCUUUAUAGAUACAUGGAGUUAGGUAGAAGUAACGAAAGUGACUUCCAGGUUAGGGAGUUAGCUCAGUGGUAGAACGCUUGCCUAGCAAGCACA